GAUUUCUUCAUCUGCUAACCUUUUCUUAUUAUUAUUAUGUGGAGUUUGGCUUCUGGGUAGUUUAAGAGUGCAACUUUUGGGGAUCUUUGCGUCUGGGUAUUUUGGGAUUACACUUUUCUUGCACUGUUUUCUUUCCAUUAACAGAUGCUGGAGGCAUCUGUUCCUUAUAAUUAUCACUGUACUUGUUUUCCCUCUAAACUAAACGCGUAGCUAUUCUUCAAGAAAUUUUCUUCCCCUUUUUAUUUUGAUAUUUUCUACUGUUUUAGCAACUGCCAACGAGGGCUGCUUCGUUAUUCUUUUAACGCUACCUUCUGGGAGUCAUGAAGCGUACAAGAUGAUCUACAUAAAAUAUUUUUGCAAGAUGAAUAAAAUACUGUCUAUAAUGAGCAAAAUUACAUGUACAAUGGGUUUUAAAUUGCUGUGGACCUAAUAAAUCCUGCUAAUUCUGUGAUUUUUGCUUGAAAUAUGUCCGUGGCAUUUUUGCUAAAGACUACCGCAUGUGAUGAAUUUUACGCAAUGUCUUAUUUCACAAGAGGUCCAUAUUUUCCCUAUCCUAUAAUACAUGAGGGUGGAUUCUUUACUAAUGUGCUUCAAAGGAAAAUGAUAUAUUGAUCCUUCAUUGCUGAAUUUGGUUUCAUCCACCUGAACAUUUGGCAUUUAAGCUCCAGCUCAGAGUAAACAGCAGGAGUCUGCCCAUUUAGGUUGAAGUUUUUUUAUGAUCAGAUGAUUCUUGAAAGAUGUCUUGGAAGCAUGCUUCUGGUUCUAAUUGGCAUGUUUGCCAAUGUGCUAGGUGCAUUUGUUGGAAUAAACAUAGGUACUGAUGUUUCCAGCAUGCCGUCAGCUUCAGAGGUGGUUGCCGUUGUCAAAGCCCAUCAAAUUACUCACAUACGCCUUUAUGAUGCUGACUCUCACAUGCUGAAAGCCUUUGCAGACAGUGGGAUUGAAGUUACAGUUGGUGUGACAAAUGAGGAAGUCCUAGGAAUUGGAGAAUCUGCAUCAGCAGCAGCAGUCUGGAUCAACAAAAAUGUUGCAUCCUAUGUGCCUUCAACCAACAUUACAGCCAUUGCUGUUGGCAGUGAGGUUCUUACCUCAAUCCCCCAUGCUGCCUCAGUUUUAGUUACUGCUAUGAAUAACCUCCACAAAGCUCUUGUGGCUUCAAAUCUAAAUUUCCAGGUCAAAGUUUCAACCCCCCAAUCCAUGGACAUCAUCCCCAAGCCUUUUCCCCCCUCUACUGCUGCCUUUAAUUCUUCAUGGAACUCUACAAUAUACCAGCUUCUUCAGUUUUUGAAGAACACUAACUCCUAUUACAUGUUAAAUGCCUAUCCUUAUUAUGGUUACACUAAUGGAAAUGGCAUUUUUCCAAUUGAUUAUGCUCUUUUCAAACCUCUUCCCUCUGUCAAACAAAUUGUUGACCCAAACACUCUCUUCCACUACAACAGCAUGUUUGAUGCAAUGGUUGAUGCAACCUAUUAUUCUAUUGAUGCUCUCAAUUUUUCUGGGAUCCCUAUUGUUGUCACAGAAACAGGUUGGCCUUGGCAAGGUGGAUCCAAUGAGCCUGAUGCCACUGUGGAAAAUGCUCAGACCUUCAUUAAUAAUUUGAUCCGGCGAGUUUCCAAUAAUUCAGGUCCACCUAGUCAACCAACUAUUCCCAUCAACACAUACAUUUAUGAAUUAUUUAAUGAAGACAAGAGACCGGGGCCUGCCUCUGAGAAAAACUGGGGGGUGCUUUUUCUGAAUGGCACUGCUGUUUAUCCUCUGAGUUUGAGUGGUUCUAGUCAGAUUACAGGAAAUUCUACUACAGUUUUCUGUGUGGCAAAAGAUGACACUAGUGAAGAUAAGUUGCAAGAUGGGCUUAACUGGGCAUGUGGGCAAGGCCAGGCCAAUUGCAGUGCUAUACAAUCAGGGCAGCCGUGUUAUCUACCAAAUAACAUAAAGAACCAUGCAUCUUAUGCUUACAAUGAUUAUUAUCAAAAAAUGCAUAGUCUUGGUGGGACAUGUGAUUUUGAUGGGACAGCUACAACUACUACUAAUAAUCCGAGUUAUGGGUCUUGUAUAUUUACAGGAAGUUUAAAUUCAACCACAGCUACAGGUGGAGGGAUUUCACCUCCUGAAGCUUUUGGUCCUAUAAGUCCGUUUGGAAAGAGUACAAAGCUUCCUGUUUCCAAGAUUCAGUUUCUAAUCUCAGCAGCUUGUCUUGCUGUAGUCUUGUUAUAACUUGCAAGUUUAUUGCCAGGUUUAAAAGAGUUUUCAAGAUGACAAUGUGAUGAAAUCACAGUACAAUAUGAAGUUGGAUGCAGAAUGUAAUGAAUAUCACAAAAGCUCAAUCUUCAUGGCGCUGUUGGCUUGUUCAUGGUUACCAAUUUUGCUUGUGUUUUUAAGUUGGUCUAUCCUAGUUUAUACUCAUAGGCCACCACUCUCAGUUAUCAGGUGCCUUGUGGGGUUCUUUGCAUUGUAUGAUCUUCAAGUGGUAGCAGUAGCCAUUCUAGCUCUAGCAUUGAUUUUUUUGGGACAUGAGUAAACUUGGAUUUGUUACUUGGACAUUGACAAUGGAAAUGCAAUUCAAUUCUAUUUCUCUUGUU